AGAAAGGAAAGUUGAUGGCGUCUUCCUCUCGGAGUCCACAACCGCCGCCGUGGGUGGAGUUGCCGGAAGGGAUUACGGAGAAGAUACUGCAGAAACUUGGGGCUUUUGAAAUACUGUGCAGUGCGCAGAGAGUGUGUACAACCUGGAGGAGACUCUGCAAGGACCCGUCCAUGUGGGGGGUCAUUGACAUGCGUUUCUCUGGCAUCGCCGGAUUAUGGGAGUUGGAAAACUAUCCCGAUAAGAUGUGCAUUCGCGCCGUCGAUCUCAGCCAGGGCAAUGCAGCUCAUAUCAACAUCGAGUAUUUCGGCUCCGAUGGUUUGCUCAAUUAUAUUGCCCUAAGUUAUAUUUGUUUUAACAGGUCAAGUCAGCUCAAACGCCUUCAACUUGCAUUUUGCUAUAAUGUAUCAGCUGAAGGUUUAAGUAAAGCAGUUAAAAAACUCCCUCUGUUGGAGGAAUUGCACCUUUCUUUCAUCUCAAUCACCCAAGAGGCGAUUGAGAGUAUUGGCCGUUCUUGUCCUCGUUUAAGAUCAUUUGAACUGAACCACAGAGUGUGUAGUUUCCAACACAUGGAGUAUGAUGAAGAGGCUGUGGCAAUUGCAGAAAACAUGCGUGAAUUGCAACACCUUCAGCUAAUUGGAAAUAAGAUGACAGAUGAUGGUCUGCUAGCCAUUCUCAAUGGCUGCCCUCACCUUGAAUCCCUUGAUAUAAGGCAAUGCUUUAACCUGCGUUUUGGAGGUAAUUUGAGGACAAAAUGUUCUCAGCAGAUCAAAAAGCUUAGGUGGCCAACUGACUCCACUGAAGAUUAUAGAUUUUGCCAUGAAAUCUAUGACAGUGAAUUAAAUUUUCCAUGUGAUAUUUAUGACACUGACAGCUCUUAUGACAGCGAUAAUGAUUGGUUUAUAUAGUCGCACAGUACUGAUUUGAUGAGCUUGAUAUCCAGUGACGGGGAGCUAGAUAAUUUGCAGCACAUGGAACCUCAACCAGUCAACCCUCGUGGGAUUUUGCUAUACACCCCUUUUUGGCAUGCUUCCCUGCUCUAUAUUGUCAUUUUAAUGCUCCUUUUGUUUUGCGAUUCCCCCCCUCCCCCUCCCCCCUCAUUGGUUAAGGAGGACGGAUGCUAAUUAUUAUGCUACAUGAUACCCUGAUGGUUUGCUAGACUUUUCACAGGACAUAUAACUAUGAUGGUUUUGCAAGUGCUUGUAAAUGGAAUGUCUGAAACAGAGGCUUUCACUUCCUCCUGAUUUUUGUUGCGGUAGUAUUCAAAACAUCCUUGGAUAUGUGCUUUUAUGCUUGUUAAUGUGCUUUGAACAAAGUUUAUGUAAUCUUGGGUAAUGUUACAUGAAUAAAAAUUGUGUAUAUAACUUUACACA